GGACAAUUGCUGUCAGUUUGCUACGUGAGAGGAGAGAGCCUUGUGAAUAUCAGCUUGUGUUUGUCAGCUAAGAGAUUAGAGAAGUGCUUUCCAAUAUGUUUGCUGAAUGUGAUGACUUUAUCAACUCCCCACCAAAGAAAACCGUCAGGUUUGGUGGGAAAGUUACAGACAUCCUGUUCAAGUACUCUGAGGGCGACACCACUGACUUUGAGCUUUUGAAGCAUCAGUUAUCAGACCCAGAGAUAAAGGACGCACAGAUUCUAAACUGGCUGCGUGAGUUCCGUAUCUCCGUUACCUCCCUGACAAAACAACACGAGCAGAUCGUCAGCAUCAUCCUGAAACUACCAUGGUUAAAUCGAAGCAAAGAAGUUGUGGAGGAAUAUUUGGCCUUUUUGGGAAACCUUGUGUCGGCGCAGACGGUUUACCUGCGAUCCUGUCUGACCAUGAUUGUCUCACACUUUGUACCUGCACGGAUUGUUAUACAAGAUGGGGAUGUGAACAUUUCUGACUCAGAAGAUGAAGAUGACGAUAUUAUGUCAACUUUCCAUACUUGUCAUCGAGCUUUGCAAAUAAUAGCAAAAUAUGUCCCUUCAGCACCACGUUUCCUUAUGCCAAUACUCCUGGAAAAAUUUCCUUAUAUAAACAAAUCCACAAGAACACUGGAAUGUUAUAUGCAUAACCUUUUGAGGAUUUCUGUUUAUUUCCCGACGCUGAGGUCUGAAAUUUUGGAACUUAUCAUCGAAAAGUUGCUGAAGAUGGAUGUAAGCGCAUCACGCAACGACAUAGAAGAAGCUGAAGAAACAGCUGGCCAGGAUAAAUCUGCAAAUGGAAGCAACAUAGAAGAAGGACUUUUCAAUAUGGAUGAAGAUGAGGAUCCUCAGGUGGUGACCAACUCUGCUGGUGCAGAAAGUGACAUGAUGGCGCACCCUGUAGCUGAACGUUUGGAUAUGUUGUUGGUUGUUCUAUUUUCCUACAUCAAAGACAUCAGCCACACCAAGGGGGAGCUGGACCUGAACAAAACAAAAGAUUUAUACAGAGAUCUGCUGUCCGUGUUUGACAAGUUGAUUUUACCCACUCACGCCUCUUGCCACGUGCAGUUUACCAUUUUCUUCCUUUGCAGCUUUAAACUGGGAAUUGCGGAAGCUUUUCUAGAACAUCUCUGGAAAAAACUGCAAAAUCCAAACCACUCUCCAGUAAUCAGACAGACUGCAGCGAGUUAUAUUGGAAGUUUUCUUGCACGGGCUAAAUUUGUUCCAAUAGUGACAGUGAAAGCUUGCCUUGAUCUUCUGGUUAACUGGCUGCAUUGCUACAUCGAUAACCAGGAUGCUGGGAGCAGAGCUUACUGCAAUGUUACGUUUCAUGGCCCAUUCUAUGCUGCAUGUCAGGCCGUGUUCUACACUCUGAUAUUCCGACACAAACAGAUAUUGGACGGAAAUUUACGGAAAGGGUUGGCGUACCUCCAGAACCUGAACUUUGAACGGAUAGUUAUGUGUCAGCUGAAUCCAUUGAAAAUCUGUCUUCCUUCUGUGGUUAACUUGUUUGCGGCAAUCACAAGGAAGUAUCAGUUGGUUUUCUGCUACACCAUCAUAGAGAGCAACAACCGCAAAAUGAUCCCAGUGGUACGCAGCAGCAUUGGCGGUGACUCUGCGCAGACUUGCAGUAAUCCUCUUGAUAGCUUUUUUCCAUUUGACCCCUGUGCACUGAAGAGGUGUAAGAAAAUUAUUGAUCCCAUUUAUCAGAUAUGGGAAGAAUGUAAUGCUGAAGAUUUAAAACGACAUCCACAGCCAGCAAAGGGUGGAGCUACUGAUGAAGAGGAUGACUUUCUCAAAGGGGAGACACCACAGAAUGAUAGUCUGGUUGGAAUAACACCAAGUUCCUUGGACUUGCACCUCAGAAGUCCAGCAAGCAGCGUGGGCUCCCCUCCCAUCGCAUUUUUACAGCGGCCAUUCUGAGUAGAUAUCUGUGCAUAUCUAUGUAUGUGCAUAGUAUUUCACAUCAAAGAGAAAUGCCUUGUUGGCACUGCCGCACUCCACAAGGUUUUUUUUAUGUAAAGAAAAAUGUUCUAGUGUUGUCAGAUGAGGUGCAGGGCCACGUUGCGUAUGGUCUGAUGGCAAAAUCUCUGUAAACAUCAACACCAUCCGCCCAAGAUCCAGCCCUGGGACUUGCUACUGUUAAGUGAAUGUGGUGAAAUGUGUGGGGAUUCACCUGAAGCUCUAAUUGCAGAGCUGGGAGGAGGUUACCACUCUACUGAUGCCUGCCUGACAAAAAGGGGGUAAAAGUUUUAUAGUGAGGUGUGGUCUUUUCAUGGCAGAACCUACAACACCCAAGAAGAUAAAAAAACAAAAGGGUAGAAUAUCUGCUGUUAAAUGUUUGCCCUACAUAAGACUUGGCAUUUCCAAUGUUACUGGAAUGCAAUUUAAAUCUUAUAUUUUUUCAUAAUCUUCACAAUUCAUUUUUUUUUUUUUACUAAAUUGGGAUUAUGUAAUCUAAAAGGCAAAUGAUACAAGCAAUGUUCGCAUAGAUGCUAAAAUCAUAAAUAUGCUAUUAAAUCUAUUUUUUUUAUUAUUUUUUAAGAUAGUCACCUUUAUAGUUGUCAGUGAAGGAAAAAAAAUCGAUAUAUUUUUUGGUAUGAUUCUGUUGCUUUUUCAUAAAUGUUUUGGUAUCAUUUUUCUUUUGAAAUCGAUCAAGAAAAAAUUUCUUUAUCAUUUCAGUUAGACAUUUAGUACAUGUUGGGUAAGGAAAUUGAGUGUUUGUAUUUUAUAUUUAAUCAAUGUAGCUUUGUUUCUAUUGAAGAAAUGGGUAAAACACAAUAUUUAUUUUUCUUUCUUAAGACAUGGAGAGUCCACAGCGUCAUUCCAAUUACUAGUGGGAUAUUCACUCCUGGCCAGCAGGAGGAGGCAAAGAGCACCACAGUAAAGCUGUAAAGUGUCACUUCCCUUACCCAUAACCCCCAGUCAUUCUCUUUGCCUCUGUCAAUGGAGGAGGUGAAGUUUGGUGUCUGAAGAUAUUAUUCCCUUUUUUCCCCCUGCAAGCAAAGAUUUGGGUUUAGCUGUGUCCAUGUCAAUCUCUUGAGUAAGAGUAGUGGUGGCUUUUAAGCAGUUAGGAAGUGGUGAGGUGGUCCGUACUAUAUUUUUCUAACAUAUUGCUGCCCUAGUCAUAGAAAGCCCGAGAUGGUUAAUCUGUUCUUUCUUUUUUCUACAGGUCUCUGUAAGGAGUAUGGGUCCUUUCACGCCUUGUGAGCUGUCUUCCUGCCGGACAGCUAGAUUGCAGGUAAGUGCUUUUUGUCUUCUAUGUAUUGGAGACUUGCACUUCAGUAACUUAGUUAACUCUGCAGCAAUAUUGGGACAUAAUAAAUCCUUUUAUAUAUAGGAUUUUCUGAGGCAGUGUGCAGGCACAUAAGUAUGUGGUGACUUAGGGGUUAAUUUUCCCUUCAUAUAAGGGACGUUUACUCUGUGGCACCUUUAUUUUUAAUCACUCUUGUAGUGUGGAGUGUUUUUAUGGGGCAUUUAGUCAGAAUAUGCAUAGGAAUAGUUGGACUCAAAUUGUUUUUGGACAUAAAUCUGAUGAGGAGGCUUUUAUUGUAACUACUUGUAGAUUAGAGCGGCUCUAAAUCUUACUCGGCAGUUUUUUCCUUGGAACGCACGCUUUUACUUGCUGCGUACUUCCUGUUUGCCGGUCAUGUGACUAACCGCUCAUCCGAGACGGAGUGAAGCGGCGUCAUUUCUCCUCAGCACGGCUCGUUGAAGGAGUCCGUUGUGAGCUGCCUCUGUGUCUCUAACUAAUUGUGGAGCCUCUGGAAUACGGUAGGGCACCUCAGUACAUCUGAGGUGUAGAGGUCCUGAGUGUGUUUUUUUCAGAUUGUCAAUCAGUUAUUUUAGUGUAUAUCGCUCUGAGAGAUUAAAGACUUUUUUUUAAAAUGACAGUAGUCUAUAUUUUAAAAUUUAAAAUUUUCCUUUACUUUGGGGGAAUUUUUUAUUUUGUAAGCUAUGGACAUGGAACAAGAUCUGUUUACUUUGAUAGAUGCUUAUUAUGUCUGGAGGCUCAAAUUGUUUUGCCUAUGCAAUUUUGUGCUACAUGUUUAGCUAGAACACUACAGUGUAAAGGUAAAUUAUUGUCCUCUGUGCCCAAUGUCUCUCAGGAUUAUGCUGUUCAGGCAAUGCCACAGCUUUCUCCUCAAACGUCCCAAGCCGCAAUGGUGUCACAUACAAUGCCAUGCAGUUCCUCUCAGCCUCCUGGAGGAGUUUAUUUGCCUUCAGAUUUUGCUGCACAGAUAUCCUCUGUGGUAUCUGCGGCAUUAUCUACUUUUCCUAUGUUGGGAAAACGCAAGAGGAAAUCUAAACAUUUGUCAGAUGGUAAGCUGUCUGUUCCAUCUUCUGCCAUGAAGGUGGACCUUCCUCAUAAGUCUGAUGAGGAGGAUACCUCAGUAGCUUCUGAGGGUGAAAUCUCAGAUUCUGACAGUAUAAUUCCUUUGUCUGAUUCUGAAGAGGUAAACUUCAGAUUUAAGCUUGAUCACCUCUGCUAAAGGAGGUUUUAGCUACUUUGGACGACUCAGAUGCUUCUGUUGCUGUCAACCCUAAUAAAUCUAGUAAAUGUAACAAAUACUAUGAUGUUCCUUCCUCUGUGGAAGUAUUUCCUGUUCCAGACCGUGUGUCAGAUCAUUGCACAGGAAUGGGAUAAUCCAGGGAUACCUUUCUUCCCGUCUCUCAUUUUUAAAAAGAUGUUUCCUCUUGCUGACUCCAUUCGAGACUCAUGGCGCACAGUGUCUAAGGUAGAAGGGUCUAUUUCUACUCUGGCUAAGAGAACCAUGAUUCCUAUAGAGGAUAGCUGUUCUUUCAAGGAUCCCAUGGACAAAAAGUUGGAGGCUCAUCAGGGUCUACAAUGGCAACCCGCAGUUUGUAUUGCUACAGUAGAUAGUGCAGCAUCUUAUUGGUGCGAUGCCUUAUCAGAUCUGAUUUUAGAGGAGACUCAGUUGGAGGAGAUCCAAGAUAGGAUUAAGGCUCUCAAACUCGCCAAUUCCUUUAUCUCUGAUGCUAACAUGCAAGUCAUUAGACUGGGAGCCAAGAUGUCUGGUUACACUGUUCUAGCCCGCAUGGUUCUGUGGCUGAAAUCUUGGUUGGCUGACUUUACCUCCAAGUCCAAGCUCCAAUCACUACCUUACAAGGGUAAGACCCUGUUUGGUCCUGGUCUGGCGGAGAAAGUUUCUGAAAUUACGGAUGGAAAGGGGUCCUUUCUUCCGUAAGACAAGAUGAAUAGGCCUAAAGGACGUCAAAGUAAUUUUCGUUCCUUUUGUAACAUCAAAGGUCAAAAGUUUUCAUCCUUCCUCUAAGCAGGAGCAGUCCAAGUCUUCUUGGAAACCCAAUCAGUCUUGGAACAAGGAAAAGCAAUCAAAGAAGCCCUCUGCUGAGACUAAAUCAGCAUGAAGGGUCUGCCCCCGGUUCGGGAUUGGAUCAAGUGGAGGGCAGGCUUUCCUUGUUUCACCUAGCGUGGAUACGAGAUGUCCCAGAUCCUUGGGCUGUGGACAUAGUAUCUCAGGGGUACAAAAUAGAAUUCAAAUCUCGUCCUCCCAAGGGCAGAUUUCUUCUCAAGAAUAUAUGCGGAUCAGGUAAAAAGGGAGGCAUUCUUAAAGUGUGUUCAGGACCUUUCCUCCCUGGGAGUGAUUGUUUCAGUUCCAGUAAGAGAACGGGGUCUAGGAUUUUAUUAAAAUCUGUUUGUGGUUCCCAAAAAAGAGGGAACUUUUCGACCCAUUUUAGACCUCAAGUUUCUCAGGGUUCCGUCCUUCAAAAUGGAAACCAUACGUUACAUUCUUCCUUUGGUCCAAGAGGGUCAGUUCAUGACGACCAUAGACCUGAAGGACACGUAUCUUUAUGUUCCCAUCCACAUGGAACAUAAUCAGUUCCUGAGAUUCACUUUUCUAGACAAGUACUUUUAGUUUGUGGCUCUUCCGUUUGGCCUUGCCACAGCUCCCAGAAUCUUCUCAAAGGUUCUGGGAGCUCUUUUUGCAGUGGUCAGGUCUCAGGGAAUUGCGGUGGCUCCUUACCUCGACGACAUAUUGGUUCAGGCGCCAUCUUUUCAACAAGCAAACUCUUGUCUUUUCUACGUUCCCAUGGAUGGAAAGUGAAUCUGGAGAAGAGUUCCCUUGUACCAGCUACAAGGGUGGUUUUCUUAGGGACCAUCAUCGAUUCCCUAUCUAUGAAGAUUUUUCUGACAGAGGUCAGAAGAUCCAAGCUUCUCUUUUCUUGCCUUUCUCUACAGUCUGUUUGGCCAUCAGUGGCUUAAUGUAUGGAGGUAAUUGUUCUGAUGGUCGCUUCCAUGGACAUCAUUCCCUUUGCUCAAUUCCAUUUGAGAGCUCUGCAGUCAUGCAUUCUCAGACAAUGGAACAGAGACCAUUCAGAUCUGUCUCAGUGGAUAGAUCUGGACCAGUUGACAAGAGACUCUCUCGUGUUGGAUUUCUCAGGAUCAUCUGUCUCAGGGCACAUGCUUCAGGAGACCCUCCUGGGUGAUUGUGACCACGGAUGCCAGCCUGCUAGGCUGGGGAGCAGUCUGAGACUCGUUAAAGGCUCAGGGCCUAUGGUCUCGGGAGGAGUCUUCUCUCCCAAUAAACAUCUUUGAGAUGAGAGCGAUCUUCAAUGCUCUGAUGGCCUGGCCUCAGUUGUUCUUAGCCUGGUUUAUUAGGUUUCAGUCAGACAAUAUAACCUCUGUGGCUUAUAUCAACCACCAGAGAGGAACUCUGAGUUCCUUGGCAAUGAAGAAGGUGACUCGCAUUCUGCAGUGGGCGGAAGUUCACAAUUGUCUAUCUGCCAUCCACAUUCCAGGAGUGGACAACGGAUUUUCUGAGCAGACAGACUUUUCAUCCCGGGGAGUGGGCUCUCCAUCCGGAAGUGUUCUCCAGGUUAACCCUCAAGUGGGGGUGCCGGAGUUGGAUCUGAUGGCGUCUUGCCAGAACGCCAAGCUUCCAAGGUACAGUUCAAGGUAAAGAGAUCCUCAGGCCGCCCUGAUAGAUGCUCUGGCGGUUCCUUGGGUUUUCGGUCUAGCAUACCUGUUUCCUCCGUUUGCUCUCCUUCCUUGAGUCAUUGUUCGUAUCAAACAGGAGAGAGCGUCUGUAAUUCUAAUAGCUCUUGCAUGGCCUCGCAGGAUCUGGUUUGCAGACCUAGUGAAGAUGUCAUCUCUUCCACCUUGGAGGUUACCUCUGAGGAAGGACCUUCUAACUCAGGGUCCUUUCCUCCAUCCAAAUCUUGUUUCCCUGAAGCUGACUGCUUGGAGAUUUAACAGCUUUGCUGUGGUGCACUUUGCCUCCUCCUGCUGGCCAGGAGUGAAUAUCCCACUAGUAAUUGGAAUGAUGUUGUGGACUCUCCAUGUCCGGAAAGAGAGAAAUUUAUCAGGUAAGCAUAAAUUUUGUUUUCAUUUAAGAUGACGUGUUUUUACAUAUUUAUGUAUGUGGCACAAACGUAUUUAUCAGCAGCGUUCAGUCUUACAACUCCCAUGUUGUCUUUAUUUCAUUUAACGCCGUUUGCAACAUAUCAUGCUACUGGUCCUGAUUGGUCAGAAUAAUAUCUGUGAAAAUGACAGAAGACUAAACUGUGAAACUUGCAAAACAAUUAUUUUCUCAACUUUCAAUCACAAAUUUCUUGUUUAAAAUAAUGUUUUAAUCCUUUUUUUAAUUUUUUUUUAUGUGAUCUAAUUGGAGUUAGUGAUUGAUAUCACGUUGCCAAUAAUUUUUAAUUAUGUCAAUUAUGUGCUUUUUGUUUUGUAUUUUAAACAAGUGAAACUUGAUAGUAAAAUAAUAGGUAUAAAAAGACAAAAAUAAAACAAAUAAAAUGUUAAGAUAAAUUAAUGCAACAAUCUGGAGUUUAAAAGCAACAGAAAAUAUAUUUUAAGACGAUUCUUUUUUUCAAUAUUUACUAAUCUUGCUUAAAAUGUUGUGAUGACGUAAAGAUUAAAAAACAAUAUUGUCAAUGUAUAUGUGGCAUCUGUGUAAUGUCCUAAACAUGUCUAAAUAAAAGUAAAAUGAUCUGUU